AUGUCCGACGCAACCAGCACAACUGUCCCCGCCGCCGGCGACCUCGCGGCCAAAUACGCGUCCGGCAUCCGCGGCAAGACGGUCCUCACGACGGGCGCGUCGCCCGCCAGCAUCGGUGGCUUCUUCUUGCAGGCCAUUGCCGCCCACGAGCCGGCGCUCCUCAUUCUCGCAGGGCGGAGUGACGAAAAGCUCGCUGCCACGGCGGCCGCCAUCGCCGCGACGCACCCGACGGUCCAGACGCGAAGGCUCAAGAUCGACCUCUCCUCGCUCAAGGAUGUGCGUCGCGCCGCGGCCGAGCUGCUCAGCUGGGACGACGUGCCGGUCGUCGACGUGCUCGUGAAUAACGCCGGCAUCAUGGCCACGCCGUACGCGCGCUCCGAAGAGGGCGUCGAGAGCCAGAUGGCGACGAACCAUCUCUCGCACUUUCUCUUUGCCAACCUCAUCAUGUCCAAGCUGCUCAAGUCCGCCUCGCCUCGGGUGGUCAGCGUGACGAGCACCGGCCAUCGCAUGGGCCCCAUCCGGUGGGACGAUCUGAACUUUGAUAAUGGCGAAACGUACAACAAGUGGUACGCCUACGGCCAGUCCAAGACGGCCAAUAUGCUCUUUGCCAUCUCCCUCGCCGAGAAGCUCGGCCGCCGUGGUCUGCAGGCGUAUAGCGUCCACCCGGGUGUCAUCCUCGGCACCGGCCUGGGCGUGCAUCUCGACCUCUCCGACGACGGCGACCUCCCCCAGCUGAACAAGCUCGAUCGCAUGCUCGGCAACGCAGAGGGCUGGCAGUCGCUGAACUUGAUCACCCAGGAGCAGGGGGCCGCGACUCACGUCUUUGCCGCCUUUGACAAUGAUCUAAAGGAGUACAAUGGCGCCUAUCUCCUUGAAUGCCGACGCGCCGACCCAUUUAUCGAUACCGUCAAGGUCUGGGCAACCAGCUCGUCCGAGGCGGAGAGGCUGUGGAAACUGAGCGAGAAGCUUGUCGGACAGGAGUUUGCGUACUAA